UUUGAGAGGUGGAACAACAACGACACUUCAACAUCGUUACGAUAGGCAACUAACUGUUCAACGUCUGCAAACGACGGGGACACUGGCUCAAAUGGAGAAAUCUACAAACUUCCGCAUCGAUGCGCUUCUCGCUGUUGACCCGCCGAAGGUGCAGACAUCUCCGCUUGCGCUUGUGACUUCGUUAUCAUCCUCUUCCAUUUCAUCGUCCGGAAGUGUACAAGCCUCAGAAUUGAAUGCCGAUUCUUUAAGGACUGAGACUCCGUCUCCACCGAGGAUUUCCUCCUGUGGUUUGAUUCCUAAACCAGGCUUCUUGAACAGUCCCCACAGUAUUGUUGGAUUACAUCCACAGAGUAGCGCAGGGAUCCCUCCCCAGGCUCUCUACGGCCACCCCAUGUAUACCUACUCCCUCGGGCAGCACCCUGCUCUGUCCUAUUCAUAUCCGCAUGGGUCCCAUCACCACCAUCCCAGCGACUCCCUCAAACUCUCUGCCGGGACCUUUCAGCUCGACCACUGGCUGCGAGUCUCCACAGCGGGAAUGAUGCUACCCAAAAUGCCCGAUUUUAACUGUGAGUAUUCUCAGGCCCAGUCAAACUUGCUUGGAAAGUGCAGAAGACCAAGGACUGCAUUCACAAGUCAGCAGCUCCUGGAGCUGGAGCAUCAGUUCAAACUAAAUAAGUAUCUGUCGCGACCAAAGCGCUUUGAAGUGGCUACAUCCUUGAUGCUGACGGAAACGCAGGUGAAAAUUUGGUUCCAGAACAGGCGGAUGAAGUGGAAACGGAGCAAGAAGGCCAAAGAGCAAGCCGCGCAGGAGGCAGAGAAUAAGAAAAACAACAAAAACGGCCAGGAGAAAUCUGACGGACAGGAACAAACGGAUUAUCAAAAGACUGGUUCUGCAAAAAGUAACAGAAUAAGAGACUUCAGGGACAGUGACGAUGAUGAAGGUGGCAACUUCCUGUACAACUCCUCGGAUUGCUCUUCAGACGACGAGAGAAACCACACCAGUGAUAUAAGUCCACAACCUUGAGACAGGGAAAAGGAAACGUGCAUUUUUGAAAAACUAUACACUCCUUAAACUACAGCUGCAUGUAGGCCUACAGUAAUAAAAACAUGAAAUCCUACCCGGAAAUUCAGAAAUUAAAUGAGAAUAACUUGGAAAAUACUAAAGGAUCAAUGCCUGACUGAGAUUCAGUGUGUGCAGAAUGGCCCUAGCAAGCAAGGUCAGAUUGACGUUUUAGAAGGUAGUAUCGAGGUACACUCUGCUAUUUGUAACAUUGCAUGGUUUUAUGUGACAAUGUCAUGUUUUCACCCAGUUGUUUUAGGACCCAAUGUCCACUACAAUCAUAUGGGUUCUCCACUAUAGGGGUUAUUAUCAUAAUAUUUUGAUAUGGCGACCAAUUGUAAAUUCCGACAUGCCACAUUUAGCAUUUUCUUUUGUUUCAUGUUUUUGAACAUUGUGUGGUUUUACACUUAUGUCAUUGCGUCAUAUAGGCCUACCAUUUACGUGCAGAAAAAUGUUAUGCGUUUAUUUUUGUACACUGUGUUUAUAAAAUGUCUACAUGUCUGCAUGCUAAAUUAUUGUUUACCGUCUCCCAUGGUACA